AUGCUUGCUCUUCCCACUCGGCGGGGGCAAUGCCUUUUCUGCUCAUUUCGGGCCGCCUUUGCGGCUGUGCCCAAGCGACAACUUGAGUUCCAACGCAAAUCCUUCUCCAGCACGUCGAGUCGCAGAGAGCGGACACAGCACAGAUCCUCGCCACCUGUUCGCUCAAUCCGCUCCGACAAGAAGCCUACCCGCACGGUUCGACGGCCACCCAGGCACUUAGAUAUCUCACCCGAACAGGCGAGCAGCCGCGUGCAUGCCAGCUUAAAUACGUUAAAGAAGCAACUGGAAACGACAACUGUGAGCCCAGACUCCGACGUCACGCAACUUGCCGCACUUGACCCUUUAGGGACGUAUUGGCCGGCAUUCAGAGGGCAGGUCCAAGAUAACAUUCAGUCACCAGGCGAGUCUGGCGAGGCAGGAUUCGAUGGAUUAAUGCAUGAUAUCGGACUAGCCCAGCAGGGGGGAUGGAAAACAGAACUCCCGAGAGUCCUGCACUUUGGCUUCGUUGAUUAUGUUUUGAUGAGAAAGGCACAAGACGUGCCGGAAGAGGGUUCUGCACUGGCAGAGCUGAAAUUUCCGACUGAGUGGUAUACCAACGCCCGGCAGGUCCAGAGAGAUGUUCAUCUGCAUAUUGGUCCCACGAAUUCAGGAAAAACAUAUACGGCUUUGAAGCGGCUAGAAGAGAGUGGCAAUGGAUUUUAUGCAGGGCCUCUCCGGUUGCUGGCGCAUGAGGUAUACUCGAGGUUUAAAGCCAAGGGAGUAUCAUGCGAUCUGGUGACUGGAGACGACGUGAGGCUGGAAGAAGAUCCGGAUACCAGACUAAGCGCUUCAACCGUGGAAAUGGUCGAUGUCGGCAAGCGCUGCGAGGUCGCCGUUAUCGACGAGAUCCAGAUGAUGGCCGACCAAGAGCGUGGUUGGGCCUGGACUCGAGCGUUUCUCGGUGCCAACGCGAAGGAAGUCCAUAUUUGCGGUGAAACGCGAGUACUUCCACUUGUGAGGGAGCUCACGGCUUCGACCGGGGAUAUUCUCCAUGUGCACGAGUACAAGAGAUUAAACCCUCUUAAAGUCAUGACCAAGAGUCUGCGGGGGGACUUGAAGAAUCUGCGCAAGGGCGACUGUAUUGUGGCCUUUUCCGUCAUGAACAUCCACGCCUUGAAGAAGCAGAUCGAAUUGGACACUGGUCGUCGGUGUGCUAUCGUGUACGGUAGUCUCCCGCCUGAGACUCGCGCGCAACAAGCCGCACUGUUCAAUGACCCAACCAACGACUACGAUUUCCUUGUUGCCAGCGACGCCAUUGGGAUGGGGUUGAACUUAAGCGUGAAGCGCAUCAUCUUCCACAGCGUGACAAAAUGGAACGGCACGGCACUGGUCAAUCUAUCAACUCCUCAAAUCAAGCAAAUCGGUGGCCGAGCAGGUCGAUUUCGAAACGCACAUCAAGCCAUGACCAACACGUCAGCUGGCUCUGAAGCUAAUGUCGGCCUCGUCACGACCCUGAACGACGAAGACUUGCCCCUGGUCAGGGCUGCUAUGCAAACAGAAGCUGCCCCAAUCAAAAGAGCCGGCAUGCUCCCACCAGGCGAAGCCAUGGAGGAGUUUGAGAGCCGCCUGCCGAAAGGCAUCCCAUUCGAAUACAUCCUGCGACGUCUUUGCGGCAAGGCGGCAAUGCACGACCGAUUCCGCGUUUGUAGCAUUCGUGAUCAGAGUCUGAUUUCUCGAACCAUCGAAUCCGUUCAGGGACUAAGUCUGACCCAGCGCAUGAUUCUGACUGCUGCACCAGCUACCACGCAUUCGGCGGCAAUGCACCAAGUCAUGAGAGCAUUUGCUCAAUUCGUGGCAGAUCGCAAGCAGGUGACGAUUGCAGACGUCCCCGAGGUCAAUUUGGAGGUGCUUGAGAAGCCAAUUUCCGGUGAGAGAGCAUACCUCGAAAGCUUGGAGGAUCUCCACAAGGCUCUGGUCCUGUACCUGUGGCUCAGCUACCGGUUCCUGGGCAUCUUCAAGGGCCGAGAAAUGGCCACGUACGCGAAGGAGAUGGCCGAACAGCGCAUCAAUACGUGCCUCUUGGAGUUUUCUGCAAACCCCGAUCUUCGCAAGAGGGUCCUGUCGUACAAGAAGCGGAUGACUCUCCCUCAAAUACAGACCGAACCAGACGCCACAACAGACGAGGAGUCGGAGCUAGAUGUACCAGGAGAGGAUACAGUGCUCCCGGUCGACUGGACUCGUGGGUCUGAGAGUAUCGAGUUUGAUGAUGAGACCCAGGCCUCUCAACCCGUUGGUGCAGCUCAGGGGUGA